AUGUCCCCCAUUGCCCUCAACGGAAACUCUACCACCAACGGCUCCACCAAGCCGACCAAGGACGUCCUCGCGUCGCUCGACAAGGUACUCCCCCUCGUCCGCCGCAACCCCCUCAAGGACCUCCUCGCUGCCGGCGGCUUUGCCCCGGCGUACUACAUUCAAAUGUGUCACUCGCCCGAGGUCGUCAACCUCGCCAAGCUUGCUGGGUACCACGCGCUUGUCAUGAACCUUGAGCACCACAAGACGGGUCUGGACACAGCCUCGGACUUGUGCUUUACCUCGCUCGCCUAUGGAAUCGCUCCCAUCUGCAUCGUGCCCUCGCUGCAAAGCGACUGGAUCUCGAGGUUGCUCGACAACGGUGCACAGGGCAUCAUUGUCCCCCGCGUCGGCACCGCCGAGCAGGCCAAACUGAUGGUCAAGUACUCCAAGCACCGGCCGCUCGGCGAGCGUCCCCUUGCAUUCUCCCCGCAGCUCCAGUACCAGAUCCCCGAUUUUGCCCAGGCGCAGGAGGCCCAGAACGCCACCACCAUCACGGCCCCCAUGAUUGAGACUGUCGAGGGCCUUGGCAACGUCGAGGCCAUCGCGGCUGUGGUUGGCAUUGACGCAAUCUUCGUUGGCGUGCACGACCUGAGCGACGACAUGGGCAUUGGUGGUGAAUUCUCCAACCCCAAGAUCUACGAGGCGCUUUCUCGUAUCUGUCGCGCGGCGGCGGCCGCGUCUGUCGACGGUCGGACAGUCUUCGUCGGGUUUGGCGGACUCGAGUGGCGGCCGGACAUUAUCUCGCGCCUCCGCCGCGACUUCGGCACGACGGUCGGCUUUGCCAUCGCUGGUAGGGACGGUACUUUCCUCUUCAAUGGCAUGAAGGAAGUGGUGGCGCGCUUCAAGGACGUCGAGGCUGGAAAGGAGGUCGCUGCUUUUGUCUAG